GCGGUGGUUACACUUCAGGAUUGCACCGACGGAAGCCACGCGAAGACCAUGGAAGCGACGCACACAGGACUCCUCGACAGCUUUCGCACGGGGAAGCGCCGACUCAUCCAACAAGUGCUUACAAAGCUCGGCCAAGCCGAAACCUCAGACGAUCACGAGUACCAGAUUCUGCGUGACCGCCACCUCGAGCUCCUCAACGACGUGGAAACCCUUGUCGUGAGCAUGAAAAGCUUUGCUGCCAAUCUCAUCGCGCUGGGACACGGGUGCAACUCGCUCGGUGGCAGCGUGGCCUCGGUGCGCAGCACAGUGACGGGUGACAACAACCGAACGCACUCGUCUUCGUCGUUGCAACUUGGAGGAGACACAGGCACCUUUGCCAUCUCGAUGGCAAACGUCGAUACGAAGGCCCGCGACUUGGCGAACAUGACUCUGUCUACCGCAAUGGCGUCGUCCCUUCAAAAGAUGCUCGUGGACCUUCAUGAGUUCAAGAGGGAAAUGGACAAGCGCGAAAACCUCAAACUCGACUACGACUCGGCCCGCCGAAAGCUCCAGAAGGCACGAGGCCAGCAACAAGCUCAAGACAUUAUGCGGCGCGAUGCUAAGCUCAAGCAAGCGGCGCAGGCACUGGAUAUCACUACGAGAACCAUUAUGAAGAAGAUGGCGCAGUAUGAGGCACUCCGCCCGACGCUCUUCCAAGUCGAGCUCGAUGCAUUUCGACAACUCCAAAUGACUUUUUUCCAGUCGUGCGUCGAGGCCUUCAAUGCACCUACACCCGCAUCCGCCCACGCGGACGCCAAGGCAGACGAAAUCUCCCAAGCGGAGGCCGUCUCGUUCAGCCCGUGGGGGUGAUAUCUGCAUCAUCAAGACAAUUCAGCAAAUAGCUUACUCGACGUGCAAUGCUGAUAUAUAUAUUGUCAUUCGAUUCGUCGUCUCUUCCCAAA